AUGGGAUGUGAGCUUGGAAACACUUCUUUGUUAAACGACUUCAUAAGAUCUAGUUUUGGUUUUUUUAUACAGAUACAUCUGGUCUAAUUAAUAAUAUCAAUUGAAACUGUAACUUCGAAUGUGUUUGGAUGAAUUCGGACUUGUAUCUGUACAUCCGGCGCCGUUCUGCUAUUGGAAAAUCUAAUCUUCGGGAUUAUUUGUCAGGCUGCAAAGACUUUUUACCAUUACUGAUGUCUGCAUUGGCAUUGAAAGGCAGUGACAGUACUGCAAACGAUGACUGGAAGUCAACUCUUAAGCUUCCGGAGAAGGACAUGCGUAUUAAAACGGCUGAUGUAACUGCUCUGAAAGGAAGCAGCUUUGAAGACUUUUGUCUAAAGAGAGAUAUACUGAAGGGAAUAUACGAGAAAGGUUGGGAGUCCCCAUCCCCGAUCCAAGAAUCCAGUAUACCAAUAGCUCUAACGCACAGAGAUAUAAUGGCAAGAGCCAAAAAUGGCACUGGCAAAACUGGAGCUUAUUCAGUCCCUGUCCUAGAAUCGAUCGAUACUACAAUCAACAAAAUUCAGGCUAUUAUUUUGGUACCCACUCGAGAACUUGCACUUCAGACCAGCCAAAUCUGCAUAGAACUUGCCAAGCAUACGGCUAUUAAAAUCAUGCUGGUAAUCGGUGGCACACUGCUAAAAGAUGAUUUGAUAAGACUAAGUCAAACCGUCCAUGUUUUAAUCGGCACGCCUGGUCGUUUGGUAGAUUUACUAAGCAGAGGACUCAUUGACAUAUCCAGGUGUAAAAUUGUUGUUCUGGAUGAAGCAGACAAACUACUGUCCGAAGAGCUCAUAAGUGGGGUUGAAGAGAUUCUCAAUGGUGUGGAUAAAAGUCGUCAAGUUCUUGUUUAUUCAGCAACGUACCCCGUUACAGUCCAGUCAUUUAUGACUCAGCAUUUGCGCAAUCCCUAUCAAAUAAAUUUAAUGGAGACAUUAACGCUAAAAGGAAUUACUGAAUAUUAUGCAUAUGUCCAAGAAAAGCAUAAGGUACACUGCUUAAAUACGUUGUUUUCAAAGCUGCAGAUCAGCCAGUCCAUAAUUUUCUGUAGUUCAGCACAACGAGUCGAACUUCUUGCCAAAAAAAUCACCCAGUUGGGAUAUUCCUGUUAUUAUAUACAUGCAAGGAUGUCUCAGCAGGACCGUAACAGAGUCUUUCAUGAUUUUCGGAAUGGUUGCUGCCGCAACCUUGUUUGUACAGACCUUUUGACUCGUGGGAUUGACAUUCCGACUGUGAAUGUUGUUAUAAAUUUUGACUUCCCAAAAUAUUCUGAAACAUAUUUGCAUCGCAUUGGUAGAUCUGGUCGUUUUGGUCAUUUGGGUAUUGCUAUAAACUUGGUUACGUAUGCAGAUAGAUAUUCAUUAAAAACAGUGGAAACAGAACUAGUUACUGAAAUCAAACCAAUUCCUAAAGAAAUCGACAAGCGGUUAUAUGUUGCGGAAUACCAAAAUGAAAAUAAUUUGGAUCCAAUGACAAGAGAGGCACUGUUUAAUGGUCGUGGGUUGCCUUCAGGCAACAAAGAAGAGGUUGUAAACAAUCAUUAAUAUAUAUGACUUCCCGGUGACUUCUGGGCAUUUACCUAAGAUGCUCGCCACUUUAGAAUCCCUAAUUUUUUGAGUUUAGGUUAUCCCUAUUAUUUUCUUCGCAGCUUCAAUGAAUCCAUUCCCACUCGUGAUAUGCUGUAUAGUUUAAUUUUUCCCAUCUGUCCUUUUCAGUUGGGGUUUGUUUUUUCAAAUGUUUAUUUUUUUUGUUAUUAUAAUUAACCCUAACCAGAACUCCCACUUCCCCUGUAUUAUAUCCCAAAUGUACAGUUAGCUUAUAUGUUCAUGAUGUUAAUGACUGUUUACCAUCCGUGUCGCUUUGAAAGUUCCCUGUGGCUUUGUAGCAUCCAAAUGAUGGCUUUGAGGAGUGUGUUGGAUCUACUCGCCACCCAUCCCAUAUUCUGUAUGUGGUCAGUGUUGCCCUCAUUCGCUUGCUAAUGGCUGUUGUUAUUUUUCAGGAAGCUGACCAAUGGUGUUUUGUUUGAGUUUCAAAUAAUUAAGUAAAUAAAGGUUCUUGGUAGAAUAAAAAUUGCUUUCAUAUGUCUAUGACCGGGUGGGUAGAUUUGCUUGAAAGUUUUGUCGGUACACACAGAACUCAGUCAUUGUCUUGCCAUCGACAGUAGUCCCUGGUUAGCGAUGUUUCUCUUUCUGCUUAUGUGGUGGGGUGUCCUCAUUCUCAGGUAUCGCGAGUACUGCCGUCGUCCCUAAAAAUGAGUCGACAUACGACUUACUCGGUCUCCAAAAUGGUGGAUGUCGUGGUUGAGAGAUGCAACAGUGUAUAGUAUUGUCAGCCUUUCAAAAGUGACAAAUAUUCUAGUAGUAUCGGUCGUACCAUAGGCGUUACCAGGUCCUCAGCUCAAUAUUUUCGCACUUCUAAAACUCGAACGACCCUGGUAAUCUCCCAGAUCGGUCGCCAUUGGUGUUAACCUUGAGUCUAUUUAAGAACAAAGUGUCGUUUGGUUCAUAUUCUAUCUAGUUCUAGAAGGGAAUUGGAUGUGACGGUGGUAGUGAUGCACUUACGUUGAAGGUUUUAUGGCUCACGUUCGAAGCGCUGAUAAACAUUGUGUGGAUACACGUGGUCUCAUCUACAAAGUAGUGCUGUUGGAUGUAUUACUGGGUCCAACUGACAAGAGUUGUCAAUAGAUUGGUCGGAAUUACUUGAGCUAACCCGUAAUGAUGCACAAAGCAGUCGUGGGUCGACUGACUAAAACCUGAGCAAGUGAUAAAUACGGUCCCAGUGUUCAUAACAAUCAAGAAUGAUGUGAAGGCGAGGGCAGCAUUCCUACCACUUGAGAAAGUAUGAUGUACGAGACAACAUCAAAGUCUGGAUUGUCAGUACUAAAUACGAGACAGUUCGGUCGUACAGAGCUACAACUUGGAUAACUACUACAACCACCCUCAGACAAGGUACAGCUGACUGUAAACAUUUGUCAACGUAAGGCACUGAGUGUCCGCCGGCAAGAUACCACUAGCAACAAUCCACUAUGGCACAGAACAAACCAGCUCUCAUCUGAAGGAAUUAGGGAAAGACGCUGGAGAGGUCUAUGGCUUACACUAACGAUAUCGACUAACUGCAUCAUAAGACGAACUCGGGAUCUUGAAGUCCAGUAGCAGAGAAGACCAAUAUAGAUGUCUUACCGAGAUAAAGAGACUGACACCAAAUGAAUGAAUAGCUCCUAGUAACAGCUGGGAACGAGGGUCUAUGUAAUGCAUUGUUGUCAAGGAGGUGCUUUGUAUUUCUACUGUUAUGCUGCAGUGUAAUAACGAACUGCAAGUUGUAAUGAAACUACAAGGGUUAUGUUCAUCGUCUGUCAAUAGAAACAGGCAAUUUUCUGGACAGCGGUUUUUUGUCCCAUUAAUAACCAUUACUAAUAAAAACGCUUUCUAGAUUUUGCUCCUACCUUACGGGAUUUCACUGAUUUGUCAGAAUAACCGUGAGAUGAAUGUCUCAUUUGCACUCUGUAAGGCACGUCAAUCUACGAGUAAUAUCUUGACAAAAUACUCAUAUCUUAGUAAAAGUUUUACGCCGUCAUUCCUUAGCCAGUACACAUUUAAAGGUCACUUUUUCCGACAUUAUUCUGGAAUGUUUGUUCAUAAUAUGAUUUGCACCAGUCAUUUACUUAUAAACAUUUUAAUGUAUCUGAUCUUCGAGGUUCUAGAUAUCCUUAGUCGACGAUACGCAUCUGGAUGUAAACUUCCUCACCUGUUUCCCAGAAUUUAUUAAGUUAUUUCAAGUAAACUGUUUAUUUUUAAUUGUACACAAAAACCGUUUUACAUAUAUUAUUAUUAUUUGGUUAACCGAGUUAGAUGACGAUUUUAAUCUUACCCGGGCAUCAGAUGAAUUAUUUGUAAGUUAGCAACUUAGUUUCAAUUCAGCAAGGAAUCUUCAACUGGGAAGAUUAAGGAUCAGUUUGCAGAACACUUCAAUUCCAAAUGCGCAAACACUGACCAUUAUGAGAAACUCCAUAUGUUAUCCCAACCUGCUACUAUGUGUAUAGUCGUAAAUAAGGAGAUUAUCACGUAAUACUUUUGACAUAGCAUAGAAGUAGUUGGAAAUUGGAAGGAGAUGGGAUAUUAAACUGUAGAACGACUGCGCAAUAAAAUUCUCUUUACGACUGUUAAGAGACCUAGAACUGUGUAACGGUACUCCUGACUGUUUAAGUGAAAAUGUCAAACAGUGAAGAAUUAGUGGCAGACUAAAUGAUUAUUAAAAAAAUAAUUAGUGGGGUAAGAAUUACUCAAAUUUGUGUAUUUUAAUAUACCGUUGAAAAAUUCAAAUUAAAUAAAAUAGAGAAGUGAAAAUGAAGGUAGUAUUAUUAAUUACAAAAUACUGGGUAUGCUGCCUUAGGAGGAAGUAUUAGAUAAAAAGGCUCUAGCACAUUGGUGAGAAAUCGAAGUAAAAAACUAUGCAUUGUCAUUAUCUCCACCUACCCCAAGACGUAUUGCAGUCCGCAUACAAUCAAAGAUGAAUCUUACAACCAGUUACAUGAUCUCAAAAAAGCGCACUCGGCACAUUUUAGUGCUAGUCAGAAGUUCAAACCCACAGAUUGAAUGUCUAGAUACAGAGCAGAGUCUCUUGGGUGGUCGAGAGAGGCUUGCCGAUCUCCGGUCAAUUAAUGGUGACCGUCUCCUGCAGCUUUGCGCAGACAAAAAGCUGUCACUGGUCAGCACCAAAGUUCGGAAGACGUUGUACUCCCUGGCAUGGUUAUGUACAAGACCACCGUUCAUUCUGGCGUACCUAUCUUUUGUUUAAGUGCUCAGAAAACUCAUCGUCAUAAACUGAUUGAUAUAAGCGAGUCGACUGUUGCUCCGGUCGCAACCAAAUAUCAGACGGAGUUAGACUCAAGGCUAGUAGUCAGUCUGUCGUUUUUUGGCUCCACCGAACGUCCCUUUUAUAUGCACUGGGCUCCCUACGACUAUUUAAGGCGCCGAAGUCCACUCCAGCUAACCGUGAGUUUGAUGGAAAAUCUGCAAACUUAUUUCAACCAAACAACCACUGUAUUUUCUUAACAUCAGGGUCGCUCCAAAAUUGUUUUGAUAGUGUUUCUUAGAAGCCUAAUAAUAUCUCGGAGGCUCUGUACACAAACGCCUCUCACUAUUGUUUCGUUCAAGCAGAGGGGUUAGGAAGAGUUCCCCGAGUCCCCCAUUUCUUAUCAACAGCCCUAAUAAAGGUAGGUGGUUGUGUGGAUUUGUUGCGUGAAGAAAGACUUCGAUCGUAAGUAUGAGGAUGUUAUUGUCUUACUGUAAGAUUAUACUCAAUGUAUGAAAUCCGCACUUAAUCAGUUGGGAGUGUGCGUAGAUACGGCAAGUAUCUAAAUACAUGAUACUUUCACUAGACUGGAAAGAACCUGUACUGAAAUUGACUCUCAGCAGUCAACUGUUAGAAAUAGUAAAAAGGUUCGUGUAUUUGGGUAAGUCUGGGGUAUUUAAUGAUAUCAGCCUACAUAAAUAAAAUCAGUGUCUUCGACCGAUUUGCGCCACUUUUGGGGCCGUAUAGAUGUUAGUCUGGUUAGACCAGUUCAACUUUUUGCCAGUAAAAUCUGGCUUCUCAAGGUAUUUUGAGGCCCUGUUUGAUCACCCUUCUUUCUGAAGGAUCACUGAUAUUCAGUUAAGUUACCAUUUUCGUUAUGCUUAGGCUGGGUAGUUUGUGUUUGAAUAUAAUCCCAAUGGUUCAAAUGGAUUCAUAAUCUUGAAACACUAGCUUCGGUGGCCUGGACGUGUUACGAACAUUACACCAGAGGCUUUCAUAUCAUGCCUCUCUUGAGGACGCUUAGGUGAGAUAGAAAAAGUGGAGUGAUCAGUUUACAGGAUUGCGCUGUGGUAUGAAAGAAAGUUAUUUAGGAUUAGGAUCUAUCGUCCGAUCACAACUCACUGAUUGAAGUUCGAGAGAUAGUGGCUAAAGGUGUCUCUCCCAAUAUAUUUUUCAUUCGCUUAUUUUUAC